AAAAAAAAAAAAAAAAAAAAAAACCGAUACAACAAGUGAACCGAUUGCGACACCGUACUUAGGACAAAACCCCCUUGUCUUCUCCAAAUCCUUCUGCCGUCGAUCGUCGAAUCGAUAAUGCAAAGAUAAUUGACAUGAGCAGAGAAGAGCUAGACAAUCCCAUGACAGUAAGAGCAAAACCAGCUUCACUAGCUAUUGUAAAUAACAAUAACGGAUACCACCGAGAUAAUGAAGAAGAAGAAGGAGAGUCAAAGCUCGAACCAAAUGUCGGGUUAGAGUUCGAUUCAGCUGAAGAAGCACAAGAAUUUUACAAUCUAUACGCAACAAAACUCGGAUUCAGAAUUAGAAUCGGUCAGCUUUAUCGGUCCCGUGUUGAUGGGUCAGUUAUUUCUAGAAGAUUCGUGUGUUCAAAGGAAGGGUUUCAAACUACUUCCAGAACGGGCUGCCCAGCUUUCAUAAGAGUUCAAAAAGCCGAUUCUGGAAAAUGGGUUUUAGCUAAUGUUAAAAAGGAACACAAUCAUGAAUUCGAAACCUCAGGUGAGAUUUGUCCUUCCCGUAUACAAAGAAAAAAUAUUCCAAAUCCUAAAUCUUCUGUUGUUGUUGUGUCGACUAGGACUGGACUUAGAUCAAUUGAUGAGGAUGGCCCAGGCCCAUCUGGGAUAAUUGAUCUUAAGCGUUUUAAAAGGGAAAGAAUUGAUGUAGAAAGAAUUGAUGUAGAAUUACAGCCUAGAGGUAGUGAACCAUACAAAGGACUUGAAUUUACUUCUGCGGAUGAAGCAUACGAAUUUUAUAAUGCAUAUGCUGCUAAUUCGGGUUUUAAAGUCCGGAUUGGCCAGCUGUUUCGUUCUAAGAAUGAUGGGUCGAUUACUUCAAGAAGAUUUGUUUGCUCUAAAGAAGGCCAUCAGCACCCGUCAAGAGUUGGGUGUGGCACGUUCAUGAGGAUACAGAGACAAGAUACGGGACGAUGGUUGGUUGAUCGUUUUCAAAAUGAGCAUAAUCAUGAACUUGGCAUGCCCGCUGAUGCUAGUGGGAGAGUAAAAGGAUUUAAAGAAGAAGCGAGCAGUGUGUUGGAGAAUAUGGAGUUAGUUGAAUUAAAUGGUGGCCUUAGCCUUGUUACACGAGGGAGAGAGAGUAGAAUUGGGAGUGAUUGGUAUAAUGAGCUUUUUGAGUAUUUUCAGGCUAGGCAAGCAGGCGAUAUGGGAUUUUUUUAUGCAGUGGAAAUGCAUAAUGGUAGAGCUUUGAGUGUAUUCUGGGCUGAUGCCAGGUCUAGAUUUUCUUGCACUCAAUUUGGUGAUGCAGUUGUUUUUGAAACAACAUAUAGAAAGGAGGGUAGUUACUCAGUGCCACUUGCUUCAUUCAUUGGGAUUAAUCACCACAGGCAGCCGGUGCUUCUUGGCUGUGCCUUAAUUGCGGAAGAGUCUGAAGAGUCAUUUACUUGGGUGUUUCAAGCAUGGCUUCGUGCAAUGUCCGGGCGCCAUCCUGUCUCUAUGGUCGCUGAUCAGGACAGAGCCAUUCAACAUUCAAUUGCUCAAGUUUUUCCGGGAAUACAUCAUCGUUUUUCUGCAUGGCAAAUUAAGGCUACAGAGCAGGAAAAUAUUGGUGCAUUGCUCUCUAUGAAUCCUGAAUUUAAGUAUGAAUAUGAAACUUGCAUUUUCCAGAGCCAGACUGCGAAUGAGUUUGAAGCAGCAUGGAAUGUGCUAGUUAACAAAUAUAAUUUAAGAAAGAACACAUGGUUAAUGGAGAUGUAUAGGAUGCGCAAGAGUUGGGUGCCAUUACACAUUAGGGGCACAUUCUUUGCUGGCAUUCCAAUGGACGGAAGCUUGAAAUCAUAUUUUGGCACCAUAUUGACAUCUCAAACACCACUCAGUGAAUUUCUUAUACGGUACGAAAAAGCCCUUGAGCAACGCCGCGAAGAGGAAAGGAAAGAGGAUUUUAACUCGUUCAAUUUACAAGCAGUUCUGCACACGAAGGACCCUAUAGAAGACCAGUGUAGAAGGUUUUACACUAUUACUAUGUUCCAAGUGUUUCAGAAAGAGCUUUUGGAGUGCUAUAGCUUUGUUGGAAUUAAGAUAAAUGUUGAAGGUGCCAUUAGUAGGUAUCUGGUGCAGAAGAGUGGGAGUGGAGAUGAGAGGAACACAGUUGCCUUUAAUGCCUCAAAUCUUAAAGUCAGUUGCAGUUGUAAAAUGUUUGAGUUUGAAGGUGUGCUGUGUAGACAUGCCUUGAAAGUUUUUCAGAUUAUGAACAUAAGAGAGCUUCCGUCUCGCUAUAUCCUACAUCGGUGGACAAAAGAUGCAAAAUAUGGUAUACUGCGGGAUGUUGAUUCAGGGGGUGCUUCUCAAGAUCAUAAGGCAUUGAUGUUGUGGAGCUUAAGAGAAGAAGCAAAGAACUACAUUGAGGCAGGAACAGCAUCUUUAGAGAGAUACAAACUUGCGUUUGAGAUCAUGCAGGAGGGUAGAAGAAAUCUUUGUUGGCAAAACUAGGGAAGUACGUGGUAUAACAAACAUAGAUCAGAGGUCAGAGACUCUUGGUCAUCUUGAAAAGGGAUAGUCUUGCAGAACAUUGAAGCCAAUGUCAAAUUUUUGAUGAUCAACUCUGUGCAAUCUUGUCGCAGUCUGUUGUACCAACAAUUUUGGUAAAUUCCAGAGCUUUCAAGACUUGUUGCAUAUUUUGGAUUAGACCAGAGUUGCCAAUGAUAAUUCAAACAUUGUUGGUGCCACCGAAAAGUAAGCCUUCCUCAAGCAAACAAAUCAUCAUAUGUCUUAAUUUUCUUUCUCAACCACAAACUACAACUGUGAAUUAAAGAUGUUCCUACAAAUUGAUACUCUCUAGUUUCUUAGUAAAACUGGACAAUUGUGGUACUGAAAGAAGCCUGGGGAAAAUGGAAAGUUGGAAAAUCCAUCAUCGGCCUGUGGAAAAUGGUUCCUCCAGUGAUCAUAUGGUUCAUUUGGAAAGAAGGAUCUCAAUGCUGUUCUCAUGGAAUUUCAACUCAGAUUCAUUUUCAAGGCUAGAAUUUUGAUGAAUCUUUGUGCUUGGAGCAGACUAUGUAUUGUAAAUAGUAUUGACACUCUUUUGGAUUUUGUAAGCUCCUUAAGUUUUUCCUAGGAGUCAUCUGACAUCGUACAGAAGCUGUCUUUUUUGUAAUCUUUUUGCAUCUUCUGGAUGCUGAAUGAAUGAAAUUUAUUCUCUUGAUAAAAAAAAGAAAAACUGGAAAAUUGUGGUACUGUCCUUCGAGCAACUGCUUCUUGAUAUUAAUUACUGUAUUAAACACGUCAGGAUCAGAUUCUGAUUGGCAUGAAAAUGAUGAAGCGACCACUCAGUUUUCUAUUGUCAUAGCUCAUGGGCAUAUAUUUGAUAACUUAGUCACACAUGUAAUCACUAUGAGAAAAUCACCCAAUUGAAGAAUCAUCUGGUCAGUCAUUUUCGAACCAAGGGUUUAAGUAAGCUAGAGUACUUUCUUGACACUGAGGUCACUCAAAUGGUGUUUCUUUUUCACAAGGGACACAUGGGACAUUCUUUAUCUGAUAGUGUUGAGUCAUAUUAAGAUCUAAUUCUUAAUUAAUCUUCAAAUCGUUAAUUUUUUUUUACAUGUAGGCGGUCCUGCACUAUUUGGUGUUUGAUUUCAACCUAAGUUCACUAGUCUGGUAAUUGGUUCAAGCUUAGCAAAAAGUGUCUAGUGCGAUUGUUAAGAGGGCUUGAAUGAUAUCCACCUAACUGUUUCUUAACCAUUAGCAUCAUUGCUGGGGAAGGAGUUCUCUUUAUGUUUCAGUCCUUGCUCCCCGCUGAUUAGACUGUGAAUAUGAUGCUGAUUACUGAGUAUGCAUCCGUCAAUGUCUUUUAUUCAAGUUUUGUUACAAGCUCAUUUUUCUCUUUUCGGAAAUGCUGCUUUGGUUGGUUACUAAAUAAUAGAACAUUUGACCAGUGCCUUGUUCUACUCAAGCCGGCAUCUUACUAUUGAGUUAUUUAUUUCGGUUUAUAUUAUGUGCUGAUUUUGUAUAGCAUCAGCUUUUCAAUUCAGGCCUUGCUCUCUGAUUAGACUGUCGAUAGGAUGCUGAGUAUGCAUUCGUGAAUGUUACUGACCCCAAUUUUGUCUAUAGCACAUUUUCUAUUUCUAGAAAUGCUGCCUUGGUCACGAUGUGCAUAAUCGCCAAAUAAUAGAACAGUUUACUGGUGCCUUGUUCUACUAAGAGCUAAAUAUUUGUACUGAACCAAAGUGAAACUUUGGGGGGAAUUUAAGAACGCUAUACUCCUAAACGUGGAAAAUAUGAAGAAAAUUAGAGUGUGGACUGAAAGAUGGUGUGAAGGAUUUUUUUUUCUUUUUUCUGGCCGGUCAGGAAUAAGGGAUGUUUGUUGGCAGAUUGCAUCUCUGAUACAGGGUGGAACUUCCAGUCAAGAAAAAGAUUUAAUGAUUGGCAAAUAGUUGAAGAUGUCCUCUCUUCUUUUUUUUUUGGUU